AUGUCAAACAACUUCACGCCAUUCGAAGAGGCGCUAGAGCUUUUCAAGCAGAACAAAUUCGUGAUGGUCAUGGACGAUGAAGGCCGGGAAAACGAGGCAGACCUGAUCUGCGCCGCAGAGGGAGUGACCCAGGAGCAGAUGGCGUUCCUCGUACGGUACUCCUCGGGCUACGUCUGUGCACCACUCACCAACGAAAUCGCAGACAGAAUUGACCUGCCCUUGAUGCGCAGCAUGGACGUCAAGUCGUCACAGGACGACCGUCACGGCACAGCGUACACCAUAACCUGCGACUUCGCGGACGGAACAACCACAGGAAUCUCAGCGCACGACAGAGCCCUCACUUGCAGAAAGCUGGCCGACGCUUCGACGAAGCCCGCGGACUUCCUGAAGCCAGGCCACAUCGUCCCUCUGAGGGCCGUCGACGGCGGCGUCCUACAGAGAGGCGGCCACACAGAGGCCGCGGUAGACCUGUGCAAGCUGGCAGGAAAGGCUCCUGUUGGCGUCAUCUGCGAGCUGGUGAGAGACGAGGACGGGCUGAUGAUGCGGCGCGACGACUGCUUUAAGAUGAAGCAGAAGUUCGACAUUCCACUCAUCACCAUCGAGCAGCUAAAAGAGUACAUUUCUAAGCACAACUCAUGA